CUCUGUGUUCAAUGGGAUCCAGGCGGGAAGAGGUUAAUUUUCCUCUCAUACUCUGGUCUACUGAGGGGGUAGAAAGACGCUUUACCAACUGACGGAGCACUCCGCUUUCUCUGAAUGAAAUGCUGUGAGUGUGAAUCCGGAUGCCCUCCUCUCUCAGCUGAGGUUCACACCAGGAUCCACCCGUCCUCAGCGGUGUAGCAGCGGAGGUGAAACGGGGGAAAGUGAUGGAAAAGUUGUGCUGAUUCCGCGUCCGGUCCGGUGGAUGAGAGAGAAAGAGAGAGAGAAAGAACGGAAAAGUUUCCGAUCCAGAAGUGACAGAUCCAAAACUGGACUCAAACAAUGUGACUGGGGACUAUAGAUUGCUUUACUCGGUUUGGAUUUAUAAACUUAUGCUUUGGAUUUAUACGCUUGUUUUGUUCCUGUAGAAAAAAAAAACAAAAAAAAAAAAACAGGUGAAUGACCUUAGUGAGAUCGCCUGGCUGAUCAGCGACGGGAUGAAUCCAAAGGAUACUAGUUCUGCUUAGAAACUCAUGCAUAGUUAUAAUUCACUUGGGUUGAACUUUGUGUACAGAACAUGCGCUGAAACAUCGGAUUGUUAAGUGCUUUUGUGUCGUUUUCUAGGUUUGUUGCACUUUUAUAAAAGAAAAACUAAAGCAAACUUCGUUUUGCUUUUGGAUUCACAGACUCUGCUUGUCAUGAAGGAGUGGAUGCCUAGCUUGAUUUAUUAAAUCAUUUGGAUUACUUGAGAGCAUUUCUUAUAGGAGAGACGCUGAAUGAUGUCUCCAACUUCAAUUGGAUUUGUAUUUCUCUUAGCUUAUCUCCAUGUGUGCUCAGGAUCUCGUCUGCGCCAAGAGGACACCCCACCUAGGAUUGUAGAGCACCCAUCAGACUUGAUUGUAUCCAAAGGGGAGCCUGCUACUCUCAACUGUAAGGCGGAAGGGCGGCCAGCUCCAACAGUGGAGUGGUACAAAGAUGGUGAGCGGGUGGAAACAGACAGGGACAAUCCCCGUUCCCAGCGCAUGCUGCUGCCCAGCGGCUCUCUUUUCUUUCUUCGCAUUGUCCAUGGACGACGGAGCAAACCAGAUGAAGGUUCCUAUGUCUGUGUUGCUCGCAACUACCUGGGAGAAGCAGUGAGCCACAAUGCCUCGCUGGAAGUAGCAAUUCUACGAGAUGACUUCAGGCAAAACCCUGCAGAUGUGAUUGUUGCAGCAGGAGAACCCGCUGUCCUGGAGUGUCAGCCUCCACGUGGUCAUCCGGAACCCACCAUAUCAUGGAAAAAAGAUGGAGUAAAUAUCGAUGACAGAGAUGAGAGGAUCACUAUACGUGGAGGCAAGUUGAUGAUCACAAACGCCCGCAAGAGUGAUGCUGGAAAGUAUGUGUGCGUCGGCACAAACAUGGUUGGAGAGCGUGAAAGUGAAAUUGCUGAGCUUACAGUGCUGGAGCGUCCCAGCUUUGUGCGUCGCCCGAGCAGUACGGUGGUCUUAAUUGACCAAAGUGUGGAGUUUAGGUGUGAGGCUCGUGGUGACCCAGUACCCACUGUACGCUGGAGGAAAGACGAUGGCGACCUGCCCAAAGGACGAUAUGAGAUCCGUGAGGACCACACCCUGAAGAUUCGACGUGUGAUCUCUGCUGAUGUAGGCUCCUACACUUGUGUGGCAGAGAACAUGGUGGGCAAGGCGGAGGCAUCGGCCACGCUCACCGUCCAUGUCAUGUCUGUGCCCCCAGCAUUUGUGGUGAGACCGAGGAACCAGGUGGUUGGAGUUGGCAGGACAGUCACCUUCCAGUGUGAGGCCACUGGGAACCCACAGCCGGCCAUUUUCUGGCAGAGGGAAGGCAGUCAGAACCUCCUGUUCUCGUAUCAACCACCACAGCCCUCCAGCCGAUUUUCUGUAUCUCAGUCCGGGGAUCUGACCAUCACAGACGCUGAACGCUCUGACAUGGGAUAUUACAGCUGUCAGGCUCUGAACAUCGCAGGCAGUGUGAUCACCAAGGCCCUGCUUGAGGUUACUGAUGUUGUGUCAGACCGCCCGCCACCAGUUAUACGACAGGGGCCCUCCAAUCAAACGGUGGCUGUGGACGGAACUGUGGUCCUGAGCUGUGUGACAUCUGGUAACCCCACACCCACCAUCCUGUGGAGGAAGGACAGCGUUUUAGUGUCUACACAUGACUCAAGGGUCAAACAGUUGGACACAGGCACACUACAGAUACGAUAUGCAAAGCUUGGGGACACAGGCACCUACACCUGCAUCGCUUCUACUCCCAGUGGAGAGGCUUCAUGGAAAGCUUAUUUAGAAGUUCAAGAAUUUGGAUCCCCAGUUCAGCCAAACAGACCGACUGACCCAAACUUGAUACCUAGUGCUCCUUCAAAACCCGAGGUUACAGAUGUUACACGGACCUCCAUAACUUUAUCCUGGAAACCAAACCUCAAUUCUGGAGCCACACCCACCUCCUAUAUCAUAGAGGCCUUCAGCCAUGCAUCAGGGAGCAGCUGGCAGACCUUGGCAGAGCAUGUGAAAACUGAGUCAUUUGUACUGAAGGGCCUAAAGCCCAGUGCAGUCUACCUCUUCUUAGUGCGAGCAGCCAAUGCCUAUGGGCUCAGUGAUCCCAGUCCUAUCUCAGAUGCAGUGAAAACACAAGACAUCCCUCCCACCAGUCAGGGUGUGGACCAUCGACAGAUCCAAAGAGAACUUGCAGAUGUUGUCAUCCACAUUCAUAACCCCAGCAUCCUCUCAUCUUCCUCUGUCAGGGUGCAGUGGACAGUGGAGCAGCAAUCCCAGUAUGUUCAGGGCUAUAAGGUGAUGUACAGGCUGUCACCAGAGGGCCAGCGGCGGAGCGAAUGGGCAGUGUUUGAAGUCCGUACCCCCGGAGAGGACAGCGCCGUUGUGACACAGCUGCGGAAGGGCGUCACAUAUGAAUUCAAAGUCCGCCCCUUCUUCAAUGAGUUUCAAGGAACAGACAGUGAUGUUAAAAUUGGCAAGACACUGGAGGAAGCCCCCAGCGCACCUCCUCGAAAGGUAACAGUGACAGAGAGCGGGAGCAACGGGACUGCUGUUGCAAUCUCCUGGCAACCCCCUCCAGAAGAGGAGCAGAAUGGGGUGGUUCAGGAAUACAAGAUUUGGUGCUUGGGGAAUGAGAGCAAGUAUCACAUUAACCGAACAGUUGAUGGGUCAACAUUGUCCGUGGUAAUUCCCAGUCUGACCCCUGGGAUUCGCUACAGCGUUGAAGUAGCAGCCAGCACCAGUGCCGGUCUUGGGGUCAAGAGCGAAACUACUUUCUUUCAGUUUGAUUCAUCUGGGCGAAUGACAGAGACAAUGGACCAGGAAAACCCCCUCUCCCAGCAGAUCUCUGAUGUGGUCAAACAGCCUGCCUUUAUCGCUGGAAUUGGUGCAGCAUGUUGGAUCAUCCUUAUGGUCUUCAGUAUCUGGUUAUACCGGCACCGAAAGAAAAGGAAUGGCCUCUCCAGCAGCUAUGCAGGCAUACGCAAAGUGCCAUCUUUUACAUUCACUCCAACAGUAGCUUAUCAGAGGGGUGGGGAAGGCAUCAGCAGUGCUGGAAGGCCUGGUUUGCUAAACAUGGGUGACUCUGCCACUCAGCCCUGGCUGGCUGACACGUGGCCCAACUCCUGCUCCAACCACAAUGACUGCAGCAUCAACUGCUGCACUGCAGGCAACGGCAACAGCGACAGCAACCUGGCAACAUACAGCCGACCAGCCGACUGUAUCGCCAAUUAUAACAGCCAGAUGGAUAACAAGCAGACCAACCUCAUGGUGCCAGAGUCAGGAGUCUAUGGCGACGUAGACCUGUCCAACAAGAUCAAUGAAAUGAAGACCUUCAACAGCCCGAACCUAAAAGAUGGCCGUUUUGUCGGUCCAGGGGGCCAGCCGACACCUUACGCCACCACGCAGCUCAUCCAGUCUGCCAUCAUGGGCAACAACAUGAACUCAGACAGAGGGACCGGAGGGAGCGGAGGUGGACUCGGGGGUGGAGGGGAGGUAAAUGAGAAACACUGCUGGAAACCUCCCUCAGUCCAGCAAAAACAGGAAAUGGGCUCCCAGCUUCAGUACAACAUCUUGGAGCAAAACAAACUGAAUAAGGACCGUUACAGAGGAGGCGACAGUCCAAUGCCCGCCACUAUCCCCUACAACCAGACUCAUGACACCCACACCGGGGGCUCCUACAAUAGCUCUGAUCGAGGUAGCAGCAGCACCUCCGGAAGUCAGGGUCAUAAGAAGGGAGUGCGCACCCCCAAACUACCGAAACAAAGCACAAUGAAUUGGGCUGACCUUCUCCCCCCUCCUCCUGUAAACCCAGCCCCAAUGCGGAACACAGAGGACUACUCGCUCUCUAUGGAGGAAAGCUGUGAUCAUGACAUGCAGUGCCCCAUCCCCCCCUCUCACAUGUACCUGCAGCCUGAUGAGCUGGAGGAGGAAGAGGAGGUGGAGAGGGGUCCGACUCCUCCGGUACGUGGGGCAGCCUCUUCCCCUGCUGCUGUAUCCUACAGCCACCAGUCUACUGCCACACUCACCCCCUCUCCCCAGGAGGAGAUGCAGCCAAUGCUCCAGGAGGCACCAGACAGCCAUGAACGCAGACGCCGUGGUGUGAGCCCUCCACCCCCUCCAAGGCCCCACUCCCCCUCUCACACAUAUGGCUACAUCAGCAGCCCCCUGCCUUUGGAUACUGACGGUCUGGAAGAAGAGGAUAUACUGGAAGAAGAAGAGGAGGAUGGAGAUGAAACGGACGCAGAAGUUGCCAAAAUGCACUACCACCACACCCACCCUCACACACACCCUCACCAUCCCCAGAUGCACGCACGGAGGUUGCUACUACGAGGCCUCGAACAGACGCCUGCAUCCAGCAUGGGUGACCUGGAGAGCUCGGUGACAGGCUCCAUGAUCAACGGAUGGGGUUCUGCCUCUGAGGAGGAUAAUGUCUCGUCAGGAAGGUCGAGCGCAGUCAGUUCGUCAGAUGGCUCAUUCUUUACAGAUGCAGACUUUGCUCAAGCGGUUGCUGCAGCUGCAGAGUAUUCAGGGCUCAGGGUGGCAAAGUACCCCAAUCCACAAGGCCAGGAAAUGGGAGGAGUUUCAGCGCGAAAAUGCCAAAUAAACCAGUCAGGCCAUCGCCCUGGCAGCCCAGUGUCUACAGAUAGUAAUAUGAGUAUGGCAGCUAUUCACAGGAGGCCUCCUAAAAAGCAAAAACAGCAUCCUACAGGAUAUCCAGGGAGCCAGCGACGUGAGGCCUUUAAUGAAGAUCUCCCUCCUCCACCCAUUCCUCCUCCAGCAGUGCUCAAGUCUCCCACACAUCCCUCGAAGGCAGCUCUGGAGGGUCGGGGAGUAAUUUCCCCCAAACCAGGAGAAGGUCGAGACAAACGAGGAGGGGGCUAUCGGCCUCAGGAAGGCUCAGACCCGAGAACCAGUUCAUCUGAACGUAAAGACGCUCAGGACAGACAGAAGACUGCUCAUGGUGGAAGAGGGAAUAAACUCGAGAGCAGCACUGCCAGCAAGGCACGGCAGAACACAGGUUCAGAGGACAUUCUGCCGUACAGCCGACCACAAUUCCCAACAGUUAACAGCCCCAGAGAUCCAAGCUCCUCGAGCUCUAUGUCCUCCAGGGGCUCGGGGGGCCGGCGGAGAGGGGAAGGAUCACGCAGGAACCCUGGAGACAUGGUUGUCAACAACUCUGUAGCCUUCCACCAAGGAGAGGAGGAGCUGGAGAUGCUAGAGAGCUGAAGAAGACCAGAUGGAAAAAAAAAGGAACUGUUAAAAGUUUUCCCAGGAGUGGAGCACCAUUUUUUUCUCUUACAAUUUUAAAUAUCUCAGUAUUUCACCAUCACGUUGGGCGCCAUUAUACUGUAUACAUCAUAUGUGUUUCUUUUCAUCUGGAAUACAGACCAAUACCCCCCCCCCCCCC